GAAACAAGAUUGGCAAUGCCGUUUGGAUGUGUUACCCUGGGAGACAAGAAGGACUAUAACCAGCCAUCUGAGGUGACUGACAGAUAUGAUCUGGGACAGGUCAUCAAAACAGAGGAGUUCUGUGAGAUAUUCCGUGCCAAGGAGAAAUCGACAGGGAAGCUCUAUACAUGCAAGAAGUUUCUGAAAAGAGAUGGCCGCAAAGUGCGGAAGGCAGCCAAGAAUGAGAUCAUCAUCCUGAAGAUGGUGAAACACCCCAACAUUCUCCAGCUGGUGGAUGUGUAUGUUACCCGGAAAGAGUACUUCCUUUUCCUGGAGCUUGCCACUGGCCGAGAAGUAUUUGAUUGGAUCUUGGAUCAGGGUUACUACUCUGAGCGGGACACCAGUAAUGUGAUCAGGCAGGUGCUGGAGGCUGUUGCUUACCUGCAUUCCCUCAAGAUUGUGCAUAGGAACCUUAAGCUAGAGAAUUUAGUGUAUUACAAUCGGCUGAAGAACUCCAAGAUUGUGAUCAGUGAUUUUCAUCUGGCCAAGCUGGAAAAUGGGCUCAUCAAGGAACCCUGUGGGACCCCUGAAUAUCUGGCUCCCGAGGUGGUAGGACGCCAGCGAUAUGGCCGGCCUGUUGACUGCUGGGCUAUUGGUGUGAUCAUGUAUAUUCUCUUGUCUGGGAACCCACCCUUCUACGAGGAAAUGGAUGAAGAUGACUAUGAGAAUCAUGACAAGAACCUCUUCCGUAAGAUUUUGGCCGGUGACUACGAGUUCGAUCCUCCCUAUUGGGAUGAUAUCUCCCAGGCAGCCAAGGACCUGGUGGCUCGCCUGAUGGAGGUGGACCAGGAGCAGAGGAUUACAGCGGAAGAGGCUAUUUCCCAUGAGUGGAUUUCUGGCAAUGCAGCUUCAGACAAGAACAUAAAGGAUGGUGUAUGUGCUCAGAUUGAGAAGAACUUUGCCAGGGCAAAAUGGAAGAAGGCUGUCCGAGUGACCACGAUGAUGAAGAGACUCCGUGCCCCCGAUCACACAAAUGCAGCAAAGCCCAGCACUCCCGCGGCCACCACGACAGAGGGUGCUGCCCCGACAGAGACCCCUGGUGCCCCACAAGCUAAAGCGGAAGCAGACGGCAUCGUUCCAGCAGCGACGGAAGCAGCCCCGGGAACAACCGCCGCCACGGCCGCGCCACCUCCUGCAGCAGCCAGCCCGGAAGAAACAACACCGCCGGCUACCGCCAGCACAGCGGAAACUCCGGCAACGACGUCAGCGGCCCCAGCGACGUGCAAUGGGGAAAACGUCACCGCUCCCAGUGCCACCCCAGAGUCCUGGAAUGAGGAGACUGGCUGAGUCAGCAAGGAGCAGGGCAAGGGCAGGGUUGUACCUCUCUUCGUUGUCUCUCUCUUUGUAAAUAGUCACUGGCAUGGUACCUUCCCCGAGUGUCCUGGCUUCCCAGACAAACCCCUCUGCGUCUGGCUGUCAGUUAGUCUGGCUCUGUGUGUGUCCAGCUAGGUGCCAGCAGAGUUCCUGUUUUUUAAUGUAACAGAGUCCAGAGUGACCCGGAUGGGCUCCAACAGAUGGCUGGGCCGCCACAAUCCAUUGCAUGAAAUUCUGUUUCUCUCUCCCUUUCCUCUUUCUCCUUCCCUUUCCUUCCAUUGUGUUCCUUUUCUUUGUCUCCUUUGGUGACUUUUUUUUCCCUAGCUGCCUCUAAAACAUUUAUUUUCCUUUAUUUAUGUCAUGUAUUUCUUCCAAACUGUAUUUCUGGCAAACUAAUCUUCCCAACCUUUGGUCAUUUUUUCACUUGGCCUCCAGAAUUUUUGGGCUCCCUGGAACUCCCUGGUUGGGAGAAACUGAGCAACCAGAUUAGACACAGUUGCCGUACUAAUUCGCUGACCCCACUGGCUAGACCACAGAGCUUCAGUGAAAGAAUAAAGAUUAGGCCGCUUGAAAGAUAUAGGAAUCUACACACUGCUACAAUGGAUCUCCUAAAUUAGACAUACCUAUAGAGCAAGGAUGGGGAACAUGUAAGCCCUCCAGAUGUUGUUGGACAGCAACUCCCAUUGUCCUUCACCUACAACUAUGCUGGCUUUAGAUGACUGGAAUUGUAAAUGUCAGUAUAGGAAUGUUAUACUGCAACAAUACUGGAAGGGGCACAUAUUUGCACAUUAUGCUGUACACGAUGCAUGUGGAAUUCAUAUGUUCAGCUUCUGGUGAGAUCUUCUGUUCCUCCAUGUCCACCAUCAGAUUGUGGAUGAACUAUGUCAGUGCAAAUUCAUGUGCAUAUAUGUGACUUUCCAUAGAAAUUUCAAAAUAUUGAGACAUUUGGGAUAUAGUUAUCCAUGUAUUUGAGUGGAUACAAUUGUCUAUUGAGCUAGCAGAAGAUGCUAAAUGAGAAAGUACACCAUAAGCAAAAAAUUGAAAGGAGGGUUAAAUUAA